UGUGUGUCGCUUCAAUCAAAUCAUAGAGAUAAGAUGGUGUCCCCCCCCUCCCCUGACCCCUGAGUAUAGGUUAGUUUUAUGAAUUUUUGUACGUAAACAAGGCAAAAACAAGAAAAGUAUUUCAUAUUGAAUUAUUUAUAUUCUAUCAAAUAAUCAACUUCUGAUUGCGGUUACCAGUUAAAGUUUAUUGCAUGGCGUAUAAAUGGUAACAUAUUUUCUUACUAAGAUAGCGUCAAAAUGGUAUUUAUAUUUCGAAGUUUAUGUGCUGCAAAGCAAAUUAAGCGACCUCGUAGCUACCUCAGAAGUAAAUUCAUUGAUUCAGUUAGAUUACACGUAAAAGGUGGCACUGGUGGGACAGGCCUUCCAAAAUACGGCGGUCUUGGAGGACAAGGAGGAUGUGUAUACUGUUGUGGAAAUGAAAAUGCUAGCCUUCAAAAUAUUUUGUCUUUAUAUCGUGGCAAAACUGUCUCUGCAGGACACGGUGAAGAUAGCCGCAAGACCAAAAUAGUCGGGAACCCAGGAGCAGACCUCAAAUUAGAAGUGCCUUUAGGUGUCACAGUUUAUCGAGAAGACGGCAAGGAAUUGGGGACAAUAGAUAAAGAAGACGAAACUAUAAUACUAGCGAGAGGAGGACCUGGAGGAAAUAAAGAAAAUAACUUUCUUGGACAUUUUGGCCAAAUACAUCAUGUAAGAUUAGAUUUGAAAUUAAUCGCUGAUAUAGGUCUUGUUGGUUUUCCCAAUGCAGGCAAAAGUUCACUUCUAAAAGCAAUAUCUAGAGCAAAACCAAGGAUAGCAAGUUAUCCCUUUACUACAAUCAAACCCAAUAAGGGUAUUAUACUAUUUGAUGAUCACAGACAGAUUUCUAUAGCAGACUUACCUGGACUGAUAGAAGGUGCACAUGUAAAUAUAGGCUUGGGACACAAGUUCUUAAAACAUGUAGAAAGAACUAAAUUACUCUUAUUCAUAGCUGAUGUGCAAGGUUUUCAAUUAAGCCCCAAGCAUCCACUGAGAUCUUGUUUGGAGACUGUCUUACUAUUGAACAAAGAGUUAGAACUUUAUAACCCAGACUUAUUAGAGAAACCUGCCAUUUUAGCAGUGAACAAAAUGGACUUAGAAGGUACCCAGGAAACUUAUAAUAAACUCGUUGAUUCCUAUGAGAAGAUUGAUGAAAUCAUUCAUGAUAUGCCUGAAGAAAUUAGACCAAAUAAAAUUAUUUCAUUUACAGAUAUAAUAAGUAUAUCUGCAUUAAAAGAUAAGGAAAGUAUACAAAAAUUAAAAACUACAUUAAGGAGGAGACUAGAUGAAUAUGCUGAAGAAAACAAUCCACAUAUAAUUGAACCAAAACAACUGUUAAAGAAAAGUAGGGUAGUAUUAAGAGAAAAAGGACCUAAAGUAACUUAAUACAUAAUAUGUUAAGAGUAAAUUUUCUUUUUUAUUUUAAAUGGCCACACAUCACUCUUACACACCACCACAGUAAGCAGACCCAUCACUCUACACACCAACACAGUAAGUAGACCUCUGUUAGUGGGGGAGUUCUAUAUGAAGCUCUGUAGGGGAGCCCACGAUGCUAAAUUGGGAUUUACUCGAGCGUCAUAGAGGGCUAUUGGGUUGCGAAGCUUAGAUGAUAACAAAAAAAAUAUUUCAUAUAAUAUAUACCUUUUCAUCGGUGGCGGAAGCGGCUAUAGAUUUUUAAAAAUGUAAAAAAAAACUGUUGUAUGGACAUACUCGAGCGCGUCAGAUAUUAAUAUCAUCGAUGUCCUACGCAUUUUUAAAAACUGUCGUAUGUUAAUCUGAUCGUUUCCAUGAUGGGGGUUCCAUGGGGGGACGUAAGGGUUGAAAAUGAAAAAAAAAACUAAUCGAGCGCGUCAGAUUUUUUGAGGGGAUGUCAAGUGAACCUAAAAAAAAG